GCAUUUCCUUUGGGAGCGACCAAAACAAAAAAAGCAGCCGUUUUGAUAAGCGAAGUGCUGCCCUGUACAUCUGAAUCAGACAGACACAUCAGGUUUGAUCGCCAGAUGCGCUCCCUACGAAAGACGGACCGCCUUUUACCCACCACCAAGAUGCUGAUACUGCUCCUCCUGUCUUUCCUCAGUGUGGAAGCAUCCAAUGGUUCAGCCCAGGCAAGGUCCUCCUCUUAUUCUGAAGACGUUGGAAGCAGCGUUGGAAGCCAUUUUGACCAAUUGGAUCGUGAGCAGGAGGGUCCCAUUACAGGCCUGAGGAUACGGGCUAAUGACAGAUAUGUUGUAAGUAUCCAGGUUCGCUAUGGAGAUUCGUGGUCCAACCCGGAAGGGGGCAUGGCGGGCAGCCCAUACAACGUGGAGCUGUUUCUCGGAGAGGGGAUCGUGCGGGUCUUGGGCCGCUUUGGGAGCCACGUGGAGUAUCUUGCCUUCCGCACCAACCAAGGCCGCAUUUUUGCCUUCGGAUCCAACUUUGGCCCAGGGACAUUCUUUAGUGCAGAACCUUCAUUCCCAAACACGGUUCUGCGUUCCAUCAGCGGCCGUUCGGGGUCUUCAGUGGAUGCCAUUGGGUUCCACUGGGGCACGGAACAAUGAAUCGCAAGGGUAGGAUCGUCUCUUUUUGCUUCGCCCCCAGUAUUCCACCAAAGCCCAUUUACAAAGCUGUGUUCAAUGUGCGCUUAAUCAAAUAUGAAUAACAAAAAUCAAUAAAAUAACCCAAAUUAAACAAU